GUCAGACGUUCCCGACAGAUAAACCCAGCUCGUCUUGUGAAAGUUCAGAAACAUUCGUCUAUACUUGGGGUCAUCCGUCGCUACGUCAAGUCAAACUACGCCACCUACCCACAAUCCACCGCGGUCCUCCUCAUUUGGAUCUGAGUGUCAAAUCCAAGAUGGCACUUCAUCGCUUGUUCCAGCUGUCCUCCGUGCUGCGCUCCGCCGUGAGCCUGACUCUUCGCAGAAACAUCGGCAUCUCCGCUGUCAUCUUCAACCGGGCCAAGGAGCUCGACCCCGUCCAGAAAUUGUUCCUGGAUAAGAUCCGUGACUACAACACCAAGAGCAAGGCUUCUGGUGGAAUUGUGGAUGCAGGUCCGGCUUACCAGAAGAACCUGUCUGAAGAAGUAACCAAACUGCAGAGGCUAUACGGAGGAGGAGACCUCGUCAAGUUCCCUGACUUCAAAUUCACUGACCCAAAGCUUGACGAAGGAGCCAAGUGAAUGAUGUCCAUGUUGUGUAUCUCCUACAUGUCGCAAAUAUGUUGUAUUUAAUAAAAAAGAUAGUGGAUUGAAUAAAAAUGUACUGGUUGUCAGUUAAACCACACGCAGUCUCUCCACUGUACGAUGACUAAAUAAAACCACAUGUGCUGCC